ACACACACAUAUCAGUUUGACACACGUACUUUUGGAUUUCCCCGCAUCAGUCGGACUCAUGUAUCGUUUAAUAAUGGGACACAUGACAACGCAUAAUCCGUGUACGGUGCUUUGCUGACUACUUAAGCAGUUCAGCAGGUCAAACCAAUCCCAGCGGUGUAUCUGCCUUAUUCUCAAACAUGUCGGAAUCGAAUGAAAGCUCUUUGAACAUAAAUUUCUUGAAAGAAUCUGUAUUAAAAAGGCUCUGUGAGUCUCUUGAUAAAGCCAACAAUAAAGGAUGGCGAAAACUGGGGGAGAUUGUGAAAAAUGACAAGAGGUUUAAAGUGAGUCUCGAAGACAUGGACAUGUGUUCUCUGAAGGCUUUGGAGGCAGAUGGUAGUCCUUCCCGAACACUUCUCAAACUCAUUGGAGAUCAGGGCUGUAUCCAGGGAGAACUGAUGGAGUUUUUACAGAUCAUGGGUCACACGGAGGCCCUGCAGUGUCUCAAACCUCCAGGAAUUCAAAUCCUGGUUCAGCCGCAGUCAGUUUCUGUCAUCGCCGGACACAACCUUCGCCUCAGCUGUUAUGCUGUCGGUGCUUCACCUGUGCAGUUCCAGUGGUUUAAGAAAACUGAGGAGGUACGCAACAGUUCUUCCCCAGACCUUGUGUUCAGCCCAGUCCAGGUCAGAGAUGCAGGGUUUUAUAUCUGUAGGGUAAACUGUGGAAGCACGUAUGAGUUCAGUCAGUGGGUACAAGUAGACGUCCUUGAUGUCCCACCAAGAUAUGGUUUAGUGUCUCUGACAUCGGAGGUCAGGCCGAGGGUGUUGAUCCAGCCUCAACCUCAAAGGCUGCUGAUUGGAGAUUUACUGUAUCUGGAGUGUGGAGCUGCUGGUAGACCGCUGCCGCAAUAUCAGUGGUACAGAAAUGGAGUGCCAAUCAAAAAAGCCAACAAGAGGAAGUUCACUGUCAAGAAUGUGUUGCCAGAGCAUCAGGGAAGAUACCGCUGCGAGAUCUGCUGCAAUAAUGAACGAACAUGGAGCAGUGAAGUUGAGGUUGUUGUUAUUGCAAAUCCUUGCCUUUCUCAAAUGAAAGAGGCACGAAUAUUUCCCCAAAUAUCAGGAGCAAUGGAGUGCUCUGAAGAUGAUUUUUUGUCCAUCAAUAAGGAUUACAGUUUUGAGAAACCUUAUGCUACAGACAAAGUGGCUCUUCUGAUUGGAAACCUCACAUACCGAAACCACCCACAGCUGAAAGCACCCAUGGUAGACGUGUACGAUCUCACCAAUCUGCUGCGACAGCUGAACUUUAAAGUGGUCUCUCUGCUGGAUCUGACAGAGUCCGAGAUGAGGAACGCCGUGGAGGAGUUUCUGUCCCUGCUUCAUAAAGGAGUGUAUGGUUUGUUGUAUUACGCUGGACAUGGUUAUGAGAACUUUGGGAACAGCUUCAUGGUGCCCGUCGAUGCCCCGAAUCCUUACCGUUCGGGCAACUGUCUCUGUGUUCAGAGCAUCCUGAAACUCAUGCAGGAGAAGGAGACCGGCCUCAAUGUCUUCCUGCUGGACAUGUGCAGGAAAAGAAACGUACACGAUGACGCCAUGCCAAACGUCAUGCUCAAAGUCACAGCCAAUAUCGUGUUUGGAUAUGCUACCUGCCAAGAUGCCGAGGCGUUUGAAUUGAGCUCAAGUGGAUUCACCAAUGGAGUCUUCAUCAAAUUCCUGAAGGAGCGCCUCCUGGAGGAUGAGAAGAUAACGGUUCUGCUAGACAGAGUCGCUGAAGAUAUGGGUCAGUUUGACCCCACUAAGGGUAAGCAGGCUCUGGAGAUCCGCAGCAGUCUGUCUGAGAGACGGUCCCUCACUGAUCCCAUCUGCCUCGGGGGAUAUUCAGAUGCAACCGAGGCACACAAUCCACUGUGGUCCAAAGCACACGAACUGCCAGAGAGUAAAAUUCUGGAUUUUGAGUGCGGAGUUCGAAUAAAAAUGGAUUUCGCUGCCGAGUUUUCCAACGUUCUGGUCAUCUACACCAGCAUUGUGAAGAAGCCGGAGGAGAUGCAGUCGUGUCAGGCACACAUAACUGACCUUCCUUUGGACCUUGAUGUGGACCCGAAGCUGAUGAAUAAGGAAACUCUGGAGGAAACAGGAAGCUUCUUAUUGUCAGGAAGUCUCCCUCAGCACUGCCUCUACACCAGACUGAGCUCCCUGCAGAAACUCAAGGAGGAACUAGCUUUCACUGUAUGCCUACAAGUCCAGUUCGGCUCCCUGGAUGAUCUGGUCCAGUGGAACAUGCAUGUAAACAUCGGCAAACCCCUCACCGCCAAACUGGACCUGAACCGUCCCACCAGGAAGAACAGCUGUCAGGUGACAUGCCACAUGCCACACAGCCCAUCCACCAGCCCGAGCCACAGUCCCGGGUCUGACCGCCGCUUCCACAACCAGGACCCCUGCUGCCCCCAGCCGUACGCAAACCCCUACCUCAACGUCUGUGAGCAUCUGCAUGGAGCUCAAGCAGGAUACAGAGAUUUUCAGCUAAACACAGAUCAUGCUUAUCAAUACAUGCCAUUAUCACCACUAAUGAACCCACCCAGCAUUCCCAUCGAGACCACCGAUGACAUUGAUGACAUGCAGAACGAGUUCAUCAAUAGUUUGCAUCUUUAUAAACAUCCGUGAGUGUGAGUGUUGACCCUUUUCACAAGACUGUUAUGACGCGUUUAACGGUCAUCAUAGUCUUAAAUCCUUAAUAAUUUGAUUUUCAAAAAGCAUAUGUACAUUUAUGGGUGGCAUGGUGGUGCAGUGGUUAGCACUGUCGCUUCACAGCAAGAAGGUUGCUGGUUUGAGUCCUGGCUGGGUCAGUUGGUGUUUCUGUGUGGAGUUUGCAUGUUCUCCCCGUGUUGAUGUGGGUUUCCUCUGGGUGCUCCGGUUUCCCCCACAAUCCAAACACAUGAACUAAAGGUAAAUUGGCUGUAGUGUGUGAAUAAGUGUGUAUGGGUGUUUUCCAGUACUGGGUUGUGGCUGGAAGGGCAUCCGCUGCAUAAAACAUGUGCUGAAAUAUAGGGUUGGGCGAUUAAUCGAAAAGUAAUCAAAAUUGUCAUUUAGUACCUAAAAUCUAAUUGCACAGGACAUUUGGGCGCGACUGGAAUACGCCCCCUUGUGGCAGUCGCACAGAAUUUUCUGUUUUAUUUUGGUGUCUGAAAUAAAGGAGUGCAAAAGCAAGAGCCUUUAUUCUCCGUGCGUUCACCAUGAUUGAUUGAAUAAAUGAGUGAAUACUAGAAACUCAUAGACUGCUAAAAAUUUUGGAGGGAAUGUGUAGACAACAUUUUUAAAAAAAAGAAUCAUUUUUAUUACUCAUUUAUGAAUAGAAAAGUUUUUUUUUAUUAUUAUUUAUUUAUUUAUUUUUUUACUUUUUUCUGAUUAAAAAAAUCUACUAUUUCUCAUCUCACGCGCACGGACCUGCUUGGACAACACUGGAAUACAUCACAUCCGGUCGGCCGGUCGCAUACAGUCUAGUCGCAAGAGUUCAAAUAUUUUAACGUAUCCACAACUCAAAUCGGAUCCAAAUUUUCUGCUUGAUUGGAACUUAACGCAGCUCCAGGACUACUCUCUCUUGCAAAAUGAAUGACUUCCGAUAUGUUGCUUGCGUCUGCAGUGGAAAGGCGGCUUUAGAAUCAUGCUAGUUCAUGCUAGAAUCCUGCUAACAUCAGUUGUUGCUAGAUCGGAUACGUUUGCGGUCGGAGGUUAACGAGACUAAUUUGCAUUAUUUAUAAAAUUUCCGAUUUAUUGUAUUUUAUUAAUGUCAACCACGAACCCUAAACCCACCCGUCACAGUAAGGUAGAAACAGUAGUUGUACCGAGUAUUAUUUAUGUUAUCUAUUAAAUUACCCAAUAAAUUGUAUUUUUUAAAGCCUACCCCCACCCCACCCUAAACCCAACUGUAAAAAUACUGUACUGUAAAACACUGUAAAAAUAUUAAUUAUUGUUAUACAGUGUCAUUAAAAAAUGCUGCUACAUUAAUAUGCAUAUCGCACUUCCGGCCGGCCGCGUAUCCGAUCUAGACUUUACCGGUUCAUUCAUGCUAGAAUCAUGCAAUUAUCAACCAAAUACACAGGGAUCCAUGUUGAAGCUUUUUACUGUUUUGCUUCAGUAAAGUUUUUGUAUAGUUUUUCUGUAUCUAUUUAUUCAUUUUUUUUUGCAAUCACCGUUCCCACACCAGUUACAUUGUUGACUGCAGGAAUCUUCUUUCUUCAUUCUUUCAGUCAACUUGAUACUUUUUCAAACUCAAAACAGGCUUUCUCAAGCCACCAUGAAGUUUCUUCUCAAACUUUAACAUCUAGUUUUAAAUUCAAGUAAUGCACUCUUUAUUCAAAAAAUCUCUCACUUGUAAUAUGUGAGCAUGUUUACUGUACAAAACUUAUCAUUGAACAAUGAGGGCAAAAUAAAUAAAUAAAAUAUUCAUUCAUUAAUCAUAAUCAAGAUUUUAGGCCAAAUCGCCCAGCCCUACUGUAAUAGUUUUCGGUUCAUUUUCGCUGUGGCGAAUGGAUAAAUAAGGGACUAAGCUGUAGGAAAAUUAAAGAAUGAAUGUACAUUUAUAAGCAUUCACCUAUGUAUUAUAUCAUCUUAGCAUUAGAUUACAAAAAAUACGAAUUGCAACUUAUGCGAGGCGUUUCUAAUGCAGUGGAUAUGGCAGCAGGACAGUAAAUUUGAUGUUGUUCUCUCUUCUGGCUGCCGCUAUCAGUCUCUCACUAUUUUUUCAUUUCAAGAGUUCACUCUUAGCUAUCGCUUGAUACUCGUUGCAGGUUUGGCAUGCUGUCCUGUGGGAGUGAACCCUGAGCUUGGAGAUACUUGAGCCCAGGGCUCAAAUAUAGAAGGGGGUGAUGGGGUAAAUGGGGGGGGUUCUUCAAAAACGAAGAUACCGGAAGUAAAACAAGCCAAGCUAUUUAUUAAAGGUUAGGAUUCACCUGAUUGGUUUAACAAUGAUUGCGAUGCGGGACCAGCCGCUAUCAAUCAUAGCACGUAAUCUUCGAAAUUAGUUUAUAAAACUCCUCUUUUCUUAAAGUCUUGAUAUGACCAUCGUGGAGUUUUUCUUUUAUUAUUUCAGGAAAUAGGAUCGUGAAAAACUUGUUUGUUGUACUCUCCCAGGCGAUGCGGUGGCACAGUGGGUAGCACGUUCGCCUCACAGCAAUAAGGUCGCUACUUCGAGCCUCGGCUGUGUCAGUUGGCAUUUCUGUGUGGAGUUUGCAUAUUCUCCUCGUGUUCGCGUCGGUUUCCUCCAGGUGCUCCAGUUCCCCAACAGUCCAAAGAUGUGCUAUAGGUGAAUUGGGUAUGCUAAAAAAAUUGACCGUAGUGUAUAAGUGUGUGUGUAUGGAUGUUUCCCAGUGAUGGGUUGCAGCUGGAAGGGCAUCCGCUGUGUAAAACAUAUGCUGGAUAAGUUGGUGGUUCAUUCCGCUGUGGCGAUCUCAGAUUAAUAAAAGGGCUAAAGCAGGUCGCACACCAGAAGCACAGCUCAGUGGCGCGCCACGUAGCACCACGCAGCGCCAUACAUUUUAGAAUUCUAAACAUAGGUUUCUAUCAGGGUACACACACCGGCGCCGCAAGUCGGCGGCUGUCCGCAGCGCCCAGCCAUGACUCAGGACACUGUUCGUUUUUCUGCCACACCACAGAGCGCCAUCUGAAUAGUUCCAUUUAAAAUAGCAUGCGAAUGUGCGCAUCUGGUGUGCGAUACCUUCAACUGUCAUGUGCGCGCCGUGUCGCGUCGCCGAGCGGCCCUUCCGGUGUGCGACCUGCUUAAGCUGAAAAGAAAAUGAAUGAAUGUAUGUACUCUCCCAUUCACUGCGCUCUUAAGUUUACCCAACGAGGAUGACUACCACUACUGAGAAACCCGAAAAUAUGAAAAGAGUCUUCGUAUACAAGCGAACGCCACCAGACUUUCGCUCUCAUUCACUUCCAUUAAUUUUUAGAUAUUAAAAACAGCUCGUUAUGCUGCUUGAUGUUGAAACUGACAUAUUCUUAUUAUAUUAUUCUACUUUUUAUGGAUAGUCAUGAACACGCUUGUUUGUAGAGCAAGCCGUUUUCAGCUGAUUAUUAUUCCUGAUAUUAUUAUUAUUAGUCAUUUCUUCCAUAGGUAACUGAAUCGGUUCUAAAACAAUCGCAGAAUGCGAGCGCACUUCAGCAUUGAAGAAUAAGGUCAAUACUGAGGAUUAAACCUGUGGUUACAUUAGACUUAAAUUUUUUUAUUUUUUUUGGAGUUUUCUAAGGCGUCUAUUUUAAAAACGCAGUUGUGAUUUACCUAACUCUAACUCCAAAACCAGUAUUAUUCUGCUCAGCUAUAUUUUUGUCAAAAAUACACACAUGCUAAAUAAUAGAUGGUCAUUUUGUGUGUAAAUGUAUGUUUCUGAACAACUUUUGAACAUAAUUUCUAGCAAGAUCUUUGUAUUGCAGUAAUUAAAUUCUCUGUUUUGAUCAGUUUUGUGAGGUGACAUGGACUUGUCACGACAUACUGGUAGUUUUAGGGCAUUUUACAAUGAUAUAAUCUUGCAAAAUCUACCUGGUUCGGCUUUAAUGAGACACUGUGGCUUGGUAGCUAUUGUAUAUCUUCUAUGUGUACAUAUCUUCGUCUCUCCAGGGUUGCCAAGUCUGCAAUUUUACCAGUCGCACUUGUAUGCAAGUCAUGUAACGUAUACAGUGAUGUAGAAUAUGUAUUUUACAAAUGGGUGGUGGCAUGUUUUGAGUUUUGAUAUUAUUAAUUGGGCUAUUGUUUGACGUAUGAGACAUUAAUAUGCAGAUUUUAUACAGAAAUGCUGUUAGACCCACUGCCGUCAGAUAUAAGGUAUCUAUUCAUAAACCAAUGCAAUAUUUUUGAAUUAGUGUUUAACUGUAGCAGUGUAAAGGAAAGAUAUGUUAAGAUAUGUCAAUUCUUAAAAAUAUUUUAGCAUAAAGUGAAUACUGUUUUAUAUUACGGCUGUAUUUAAUGAUGUUAAGUUGUAAUUUUUUUGUGUUUAAAAUGCCAUCAUAUAUUAUCAUCUCAUGUAGAUUUUAAAUGGAGAUUUAGAAAAAAUAAACUUUAUUUUGAAAUAAAAAGUGCAUAAAUCAUGUCAUGAUAUUCUUUCAGCAUUCACA